GCCGCGCCAGUCCGCGGUUUGCAGCCGGAAGGUGCCAGCGAGCUGAAAGCAGACAUGGCCGCAGCCAAGGUGGCGCUCUGCGUGCUCGCGCUCCUAGCGGUGGGUGAGGCGGCCCGCUCGACGUCGACGACGAAGUGCAACUGCAGGUGUGAUCUGUCGGCCAGCCCCGUCUGCGCCAGGGACUCGACGGGCGACGUCGACACCUUCCAGAACAUCUGCAUGCUCUCCUGCUACAACUGCACCAUGGACAAGGACUACGUGGUGAUCAGGCGGGGGGAGUGCACCAAAGCAGACCAGGCGGUCACUCACAGCAGCAGGAAGCCGCAGCGCAACAACAAGCUGAGAGGUCGCCGCAGCCUGCGGUGGCUGUUGGGCCGACGGGCCUAGGCCUAGGGUGGGCCCGUUCAGCUGAGCGCCGUGGCCUCGGGCUGACGGCCGCAGCCAGGCUGUUCCCGCCCGCACACAACACACCACACCGCUAUCAUUCACGCGCUGUCUACUCAGCGAGUAGCGUAUCUCACAUCCCAUAUUACACUCGACGGUAGUUGUCUGACAUGAAUUCUUCGCCGUGCAGUCACAGACUCAGAACUCUCCUCCUCUCGCGUUGCCAGUUUUGGCGCACUUCGGCACUUGAACAGCUAUCGAAUCUAAUCUGAAAUUGCGCCUAGGCUUUCGAUGUUUGCCGAUGCUCGGCUGCGUGAUUGUUCUAGGAUCUACAAAAGCGAUUAUUUCACAAGUCUUUUCAACGAAAGAAAAACGUACGGCAGGAUAAAAAAUCACCCGAGCAUUAAAUCACUUUCUGUACUUGAAAUCAAUCGUCGUUUUAUUCGCAAAUGACAAAACAGUACAAAAUUUCGCACUUUUUCUUAGGGGCAACACAGUGAUGUUUAUCAACUGAAACUGCAAGUUGCUUUAACCAGUCACAAUUUAUUUUUGUUUCCACUAAGGAUUCCGAAUGGUUACACCUCCACAAUCUGAUGGAUGUAUGUCAGUCGGUGAUGGAUGUACGUAUUGUAUGUAUGACUAUUGGGAAACUUGACACUGUCUUUCAGUGCUCGCAGUUUCCUUUCCCUGUUGCGUUCGCUGCGUAUACAAUGUCCCGUACACUGAACUGAGUGAAGACACGCGGAAGUUUGUAUUAACUGUUGCAUGUUUGUCGAUACAAAUUUCGCUGUAGUUUACUUGCUUCGUUAACUACAAUUUGAGGGUUCAGUUUGUAGAACCCAUGCUUUAACGUUCAAAAUAUCCAGAGAAUUAGACAUAAGGGAAACCGCUGGGUUGUGCUACACCUACACCAUCAUUCGUGCCUCAUUGUAAGUUUCCCCGCCGAAAACAAUGAGAUAAAAAUUAUUUUGUGAACGAGACUGAACCCAAAACAAAGCGAACUGUGUAUAAAAAUAAUUUGCGCUUUGAAAAUUAAGUAGUUUACGCGAUUUCAGCCACCGCUGUGUCCACGUGAAGAUGCAGGAAAGCUUAGGCGCAAUGUUACAAAACGGACGUGUGUCAACAGUGUAGUGGAAUAGCACAAUUUUAGCAGUUACUAUCAGUUAUUAUCAGUGAAUUCAUUGUAAUAAAUUGACUGUUUGCAAUCAUCAAGUAUAACCUCACCAAGAACGAAAUAUUAUUUAUCUGUGAAAGCAAGAUUUGACAGAAACUGUAGUUGGUUCUUAUCACAUAUGUUAAAACAUAUUAUUGAUGAAAGUCUUCUUUGCAACUACAAAUUUUGCGUCUUAGAAUAGAUUCAUCAUUGUUCUGAACGCUUUUGAAUGGUACACGAUCACAAUACCAUUCCAACAUUCGUAUAGAAACAAUUUUUGUAAGUCAUACCAUUUCUUUAGAUCUAAGUACGAAUGUUUAUACUUCAUAUUGAAAUUUUAGUAAUGUAACCAGUUUUCUGCAACGACAACGGCGAUUAUGACAGUUUACUCGCAAUACAUAUUUGUGCAAGUUGUUGAUAUUUUCUCCUACAGUCUAAACACACAUAUUUUUGUAGUUCUACUAUUAUACUCAU